AUGAAAAGAACUCAUGAUAUAGCACUGGUGGAAUCAUCGAGGGUUGACUUAUCAUUUGAAUCUUCACACAAAAGUCUUUCUCCAGCUAAGAAACUCAGAAAAUCUCAAAAGCAAGGAACCUUAAGUUUCCAAUCCAAUAUCAAUGAAACUAAGACAUGUAAGUUAUGUGGUAUGAGUUACUUGAAGUAUCUCAAACAAGAUCAACAACUUCAUGAGGAAUAUCACACUAACUUUGUGGAUGGGUUAUCUUGGCAGUUUCUGGGGAAUUACCUCAAAUCCAUUACUGUGGUAGUUAAGAAACAACGCCAUAAGAUCAACUUCGUGGCUAUUGAUACCGAUCUGACACCCCAGAUACGACGGGUUGAUGACGUUUUGCAUAUGGUCAAUCAGGAAUUGAAUGCCAGCAGUGGCAGUGAUAGUUGGAAGAAAACCCCCGGGCAAGCUGUUCUCGCUAUAACUAACCGUAGAGUUAUUGGCAUUGUUGUCACUGAAACUAUUGAUGAUGUGGAAGGUCAAUCACGUUGGAUGAUCCACAAAACUCAAGCUAUUGUUCCCAAGCAGAUAAAUAAAAAUGCCAAACUUGGGAUUUCUAGAAUUUGGGUAGCUUACAAUUGGAGACGAUUGGGAAUCAGUACUGCCCUUCUUACCACUAUUACGACUUAUCCCAAACCUAUACAUCGACGAGAAAUUGCAUUCAGUCAACCUAGCACUAACGGUGGUCUUCUUUGUGCCAAAUUUAACGGAGUCAAGCAUAAAUCCGGAGAAAUCCUUCUCCCUGUAUAUUUAGAGCAUACAUAA